GGCGGGUUCGAGCUUCUAAUUGGUGGUUGAUGCGUUGUUGUUUGCCGUUCGAGGUUUUGGUUAGUUUACGUCAGUUUUAUGUUUUAAUAAUUAUUUGUUACAGAAAAGCGGCAUUUUCACGUAUUUAAACAGUACUGACGUUAAAUAAUGGUUACUGUAACCUUAGACAAAUUAUAUGAUAAUUACGAUGUGCUUUCAGAUGCUAAAGAUAAAAUUUCAGAGUAUUCAAAAGAAUACCAAGAGGCUAUAGAAGGCACCAAGGGGGAUGAAAAAACAAAGAAAUUGUCAGCACAGAUUAUUUCGAAGUUUUUUAAAUUUUUUCCUGAUCUUCAAAGUAAAGCUAUUGAGGCAAUAUUUGAUAUAUGUGAAGAUGACGAUUCAUCAAUUCGAAUUGCUGCUAUGAAAGCAUUGCCCUCAUUUUGUAAAGACUCCAAAGAGCAUGUGGUUAAAGUGGCUGACAUACUAGCACAGUUGUUACAAUUGGAUGAUCCACAGGAAUAUAAUGUGGCUGCUAAUUCUCUUUUACAGAUAUUUAAGGAUAAUCCCAUCCUAGUAAUUAAGUGCAUUUUUAAACAAAUUAAUGGCAAUGACAAUAUUGUAAGAGACAAGUGUAUCAAGUUUUUAGUUUCAAAAAUUAAAAUUUCUGAUAACAAUAUCAUCACACCAGAAGUAGAAGAUAUCAUUAUUCAAGAAACUAAAAAAGUUUUGCAGGAUUCAACAGCUGAAGAGUAUAUUAAUUUGAUGCCAUUUUUAAUAUCGACACGUUUAAGUAGUACUCAAGCUGGUCAGCAAGAACUUGUAGAUAUUGCAAUAGAACAAGCAGAAUUGGACGAAGAAUUAGAUCCUUUAGAUAAAGAAAGUAAUAAUGUGGACCGUCUAGCAACAUGCAUAAAAUUUGUCUUGCCAUUUUUCUCAGUAAGCAUUUUUAUAUUACCAGUUGAAAAGAUGUUGAUGCCAAAAAAGAAUAGGGUAGCAAUUUACGAACAUUUAUUCAAAGAAGGUGUUAUGGUAGCAAAGAAAGAUUAUCAUGCACCAAAACAUCCUGAAUUAGAAACUAUUCCAAACCUCCAAGUUAUCAAAGCAAUGCAGUCUUUGAAAUCCAGAGGAUUUGUUAAAGAACAGUUUGCGUGGAGGCAUUUCUAUUGGUAUCUUACAAAUGAAGGCAUUGAAUAUUUACGAACAUUCUUGCACUUACCGCCCGAAAUUGUUCCUGCAACUCUUAAGAGACAAGCACGUUCAGAAGCUGCCCGACCCAGAGGAGCUGCAAUGCCUCGCUCUGAAGUAUCUAAACCUUCUGAAGACAGAGCUGGGUAUAGAAGGACAGGAGGAGUAGGUGGACCAGAUAAGAAGGCUGAUGUUGGAGCUGGUACUGCAGAAAUGGAGAAAUGGAUGNCGCCUAUGUAUAAGUGCAAUGUCACACUUUCCUUCAAGGCUGAAGAAACCAUUGCAAAGACUCCGGAAAAAGCACCAGUGGGAAAUAAAAGGCACGUUCCGAUUACCUUCGAAAGCAAUGGAGCCAGUUCCGCUAAUAAAAAUACGAAAAAAUCCUCAGAUGGUAUGAAAUUAUACACCCCACCAAGUGGAAAAUUCAGUAAUAAUUUCCAAAGUUAUGGUGGCAGAGGGAGACCCAGGGGAUCUAGAGGAAGUCGAGGACGAGGUUCAGGAAGGGGAUGGCGUUAGAAUCAAUGUUAUUUAAUUUUGUUUGACACCACUACAAUAUUUUCCUUUAAUGUAGUUAACUAUUUCUUUUCAUAAAGUCGAAAAUCACAUUUUAUUUUUUGUAUCUCUUUUUUUAACAUUUAUUGUAUAUGGAUAAUAAGGUAGUUGUUCAUAGUUGUGUCAGUAUAAAUAAAAAGGAUAUGUCCAUCCAAAUUAACUCCUGAAAGAAUGUUGUGUGCAGGAAAUAAAUGUAGAAUUUCAAUAAAAGUUUUCUUACUUGCAAA